AUCCGUCCAAGCAAGCUUACCCACUCUCUAUACAAAAAAAUAGUAGAUUUUCUUGUUGUGUAGAUUCGAGUACCAUCUUUAAUUCAUUCUUUGCUACCUAGAAAGUAAUAUCUAUAGACCAUGAGCCCUAUCAAAACCGCAGUCCUUGGAACAGGCAUGUCUGCCUUUAUAUUCCAUUACCCUUUUUUGGAAGCAUUGCCUGAAAAGUUCGAGAUUUAUGCUGCCUGGGAGCGUCGUGCAACUGCUGAACAUUCCAAAGCACGUAGCGCAUACCCAAACAUCAAGGUGUACACUCAACUAGACGAACUUUUGGCUGACCCUAAAGUAGAGUUGGUGGUCGUGUCUCUUCCUCCUGACGCUCACGUGGACGCAGUUACUGCCGCUUUGAAUGCAGGAAAGCAUGUACUUUGUGAGAAACCAUUCACACCUACUUAUGAAGAAGGAAAGCGAUUGUUCGACUUGGCCAAGUCCAAGAACCUCUUGUUGGCCGUCUACCAAAACCGUCGUUGGGACGGUGACUUUUUGACUGCAAAAGACGUUAUCGACAGCGGUCGCUUAGGUGACAUUGUUGAGCUUGAAUCCCAUAUUGACCGUCACCGUCUGUUCCGUAAGGGUAACUGGAAAGACGUGCCUAGCCCAGGUUCUGGUUUAGUUUACGAUUUGGGAGCUCAUUUGAUUGAUCAAGCAGUUUAUCUUUUUGGUGUUCCUGAAUCUGUGACCGGAAAAGUGUUUUGCCAACGUCAAAUUCCUCCUUUGGAAGUAGAAGACAAUUUUACCAUUGUUUUGCACUAUCCUGCCAAGGAAGGUAAGCUUCCCGUUGAGGUGAUUUUACGUUCCACCAGCAUUUCUUGUGGUCUCUCCUUCCGUUAUUGCAUCAAGGGUACCCGAGGUACAUUCUUGAAAUUUGGCUCUGAUCCCCAAGAAGGCCAACUUAACAAGGGAAUGAAGCCUUCAGAAGGAGGUUAUGGCCAAGAAUCUUCUGAAAAUUAUGCUAAGCUAUGGACCGUUCCUUUAGAUGCCGAUGUCAAAGCACUUCCUGCACCUGCCUUGAGUACCGUCCCCACCAUUUCUGGAAACUACCUUGCAUUAUAUGAAGAAGUUUAUGAGAGUAUUUCGAACAAAUCUUUUACUACUUCUGUUCUUCCUGAACAAGUCUUAACAGUCGAAAAGAUUAUUGAGGCUGCCUACAAGAGUUCAGAAACUUCGGCUUCUGUAAAGAUUAAUUAAUUUACGCACGUUUACGAUUUUUUGGGAUUUUUUUUAUAAAUUUCCCCUGCAAUCAUUAAAUCUUUAUUUUUUUAGAUGUCACUUGUCUCAAAAAAAAAAAAAAAAAAAAAAAAGAAAUUGAAUUUGAAUUUGAAUCACAUAUACAGAAAUGCUCGCUCAUUUCAUCCCCUUACCGUUGGUAAGCCGGACCUAGAACUUCUUUAAUAAAAUUUUCUCUUCUUCAUUUUUUACUUUUUUAAAUGAAAAUGAACUGUGACUCAAAUUCAGUCGGUGUCACUAUUAAACCGGUG